AUGAGUACGGAUACUGCUGCUGCACAAGCCCAGAAUAAAAUAGAUUCUACGAAAAAGAAGAAUGAGGAAGUAAAUAAGAAGUCUCUGGAAGAAGACGAUGAAUUUGAAGAUUUUCCUAUCGAUACAUGGGCAAAUGGUGAAACGAUAAAAAGUAAUACAGUUACACAAACAAACAUAUGGGAAGAAAACUGGGAUGAUGUUGAAGUUGACGACGAUUUUACCAAUGAAUUAAAGGCCGAAUUAGAUAGAUACAAACGAGAAAAUGAACAAAAAGCUACAUAA